AUGUCUUCUGCAAGUGUUCGACCUGCGCCCCCGUCGUCUCAGGGAGGACUGGCACGGCUGGUGUCGCGAUUCGAGAGCCUCGAUGCUUCGCCGAAGUCGCGACCCGGAGUUGGAGGAGCACAAAAGACUCGAGGCCGUCCGCCUGUCGCUUCCAAGAUUCCUGCUCCCUCCUCGUCCGCGGAACCAAGGCUGAAGCGUAUUACAACUACUGGCCCGAUCCCUCGAUCCGUGACAUCGUCAUCUCUGGCUCCCGCGAAAGCUCUCCCCGUCAAGAAUGGCUUACUGAAGUCUCCUGUCAAGCAUCGCCGUGUUGGGAAUGCCGUCGCUUCGCCUUCUGCAGGAGUUGCGCAAGGGGGCUCGGUGGUUGCGCAGAGGAGGAGAUUGUUUGAGCGAGGGCUUGAUGAGAAUAUUGCUCCCAAUACCUACGAACCUAAACGCGUUGCUUCACCUGCUCCCCUCGAUGACAAAGCGCCCUCCUUGGCGGACAGCCCCGCGAAAGCAUCUUCAAUUAUAUCCGUAGGCGUCGACGAGGCGCUAUCAGGCCUCCAUGACGAGAAGGAUGUCGUUCCGGACUCAAUGACUCCUACCAGCCAGGUCGCGCACCCGGAAUACCUGCCACCGCCCCUCGCCUCGAGCCGUCCCUCUUCUCGGAAUCAGGAGGAGAGCGAAGCUGGCGCCCAGGGCAAGAAGGACACAUCGCAGCGAGGAUCCGAGCCCCGAAUCAAGUUGCAGGGAGGCAUAUUUCUACCCAAGCCGCCCUCUCCGCUCAAGAGCAUGGUGGUGACCGACGUGGGCGGCUGGCCCUCGAAGCCAUCUGACACCAUUCCCGAGGUGGUCUUGUCUGGAAGCAGCAGUGUGAAAACCAACCCCCAAGAGGCCUCCGGUUCUUCUCCCGACAAGCAGGAAAAGGAUCUGAAUACGCCGUCCGAGGUGACUCUUUGCUACCCAUGUCACGAGGCCGUACUUCUCUCGUCUGCCAGCGAUGCCCUGCAAGCGCUCAAAGAGCGAAGCGGUUCGUCUCUGGCCACCUCCAAGAUCCCGUCUCCGCAGUCAAAGGUGUCGAAUCUCCGGACAAAGUUUGACGGCACGUUGCCCUCGUCAGUCUCGAUGCCGGCAGUCUCAAAGAGGCGCUCGCAGGCCGACACGAAGCAACUCAACACAAAGACGCCUGUGCGGCCUUCAUCUGCCAUGCAGGUUUCUUUACGCCCGGGUCCCAGGCGAGAUGGCCGUCAGAUUCCACAGCGUUUGAAAGACGGGACCCUCAAAGAGAAGAUUGGACUGUGGGAGUCGAGGAGCCAGCAAGAGAAGCGAGAAAGCAAAUCCAGGAUCCCCAGGACGGCCCUGCCUCCGAAGUUUUCGAAAGCUGCCACUACAAAGAGGAUAUCUGCCAGCCAGGGGCAGGGGCAGGGAAAGGCAACAAUCAGGACGUUUGACGGAGCACCUUCUCCAAUGACGUCUUCGGCAGAUGAUGGAUCUCGACACUCGUCAAGCCGUUCACCGGUUGUGGACAGUGUCAGCAGCCAGACGAUCGACGUCAAGCCCUUGCCCUACAGCAAGCCAUCGCUGCUCAAGCCGACUCGCCAGACGAAGAGCUUUGUCUACAAUGUCGACGGCGAGGGAGGGGUCACCCUUGAGCAGCAGCCAUAUCAGGAGAUGCAGUUCCCGGGCGCUUGGCCGGACGAAGACUGCAAUGAUUCUUCGCCUACCCAGGAGGGUCCUACCGUUGUCAGCCGCCACCCUUCGCUUCGCUUUCUCAGUCGGCGCCUGAUGUCUCGCAGCCAGGGCUUGUUCUUUGUUUCGCAGGCUCGCUGCACGCUUGAGCAGCCUCAGCCUGUGCGGGGGAGGGAGAUGCGGCGUCUUGCGAGUCUCUGCCGCGAGAGGAUGGCUGCGUUGAGGGGGCGGGCGCAGACGGAGUAG